AUGGACACCACACCUUCCACCUCGGCCUCCGUCUCGCCGGCGUCCGCAUCCGGCGCCGCCUCCGACCCGGACUCCGCGCUUGUCUCGGCCGUGGCGGGCGCGCUUGUUUCUGCCUCCCGCCUGCCCUCGCCGCCGCCCAUGGACACCCUCCUGGCCCCGUACCUCCCGCGCCUCGGCGCCUCGCACCACCCGCAAGUGAUCGCCCUUGCCGCCGCCGACCCAGCGCUCGCCUCUCCGCACACUCUCCUCGCCUACCGCCGCCUCGUCUCCCCUCCGUCCUGCCUCCCCUCCUUACUCCCGCUCCUCCCCAUGCUCCCCUACCGCAAUCUCCUCCCGCUGCUCCUCGACUUCGUCCCGCUCGACCCGCUGCGCCACCUCCACCGCCACCUCCUCGCCAGCCUCCCCACGAGUGCGCUCGCCGACGCCGCGCUCUCCGCCUACGCCCGCCUCCGCCACCCCCACCUCGCCGCACAACUCCUCCACUCCCUCCGCCGCCGCGGCCCCGUCCGCCCCUCCCUCCAGGCAGCCAACGCCGUGCUCUCCGCACUUGCGCGCAGUCCGUCCACCUCGCCGCAGGUCUCUCUCGACGCCUUCCGCUCCCUCAUUGCGCUGCAGCUCCACCCAAAUCACUACACCUUCAACCUCCUGGUCCACACCACACCCACUGCUCCAAGGGCACCCUCGCCGACGCUCUCUCCACGCUCUCCACCAUGCAGGGUUUCGGCCUCUCCCCAGACGUCGUCACCUACAACACCCUCCUCAACGCUCAUUGUCGCAGGCGCGGGCACUGCUGGCCAGGAUGAAGAAGGAGGGUAUCGCGCCCACCAGGGCCACGUAUAA